CGCGUGUGUGCGUGCGUGCCGCUUGCGCAUGCGCGCGACGCCCGCUUGCUGCUGGUCGCCGGGGCCCUCUUGUGUGAGGUAAAAUAGAAAAGCCCCGAGAGGAGGAGGAGGAGAAGAGGCGGCGGUGGAGGACGCGGCGGCCCGGAGCCGAAGAGGAAGGAACGGAAGAAGGGAAGGAAGGAGAGAGAGAAAGGAAGGAAGGGGGGAGCCGCGUCAACAGCAGCCACAACCGCCGCCGCCUCCUCUCCCUCCCCCCCUCUCGGAUUCACCUCAGCGCCGAAGGAGGAAGCAGAAAGAGACAGCGGCGCGAGAGGAGGCGGAGGGGCAGCCGACCGGGCCCAGGGCCUUCGUGCCCCCGCCAUGAACAGCGUGGGGAGUGCCGACGAGAUCGGAAAGCUGUUUGUGGGUGGCCUUGACUGGAGUACCACGCAAGAAACUCUCCGCAGCUACUUUUCCCAGUAUGGGGAAGUUGUCGACUGUGUUAUAAUGAAAGACAAGACGACGAAUCAGUCGCGAGGGUUUGGAUUCGUCAAAUUCAAAGAUCCCAACUGUGUGGGGACAGUCCUGGCCAGCAGGCCUCACACAUUAGAUGGCCGAAAUAUUGAUCCAAAGCCUUGCACCCCUCGCGGAAUGCAGCCAGAGAGAACCCGACCAAAGGAGGGAUGGCAGAAAGGAUCCAGGAGCGAUAACAAAUCUAAUAAAAUUUUUGUUGGUGGGAUCCCUCACAACUGUGGCGAGACAGAGCUCAGGGAAUACUUCAAGAAGUUCGGAGUGGUCACUGAAGUGGUAAUGAUCUAUGAUGCAGAGAAGCAGCGGCCCCGAGGUUUUGGAUUUAUUACUUUCGAGGACGAACAAUCAGUGGACCAGGCUGUCAACAUGCAUUUUCACGACAUCAUGGGCAAAAAAGUGGAGGUGAAGCGGGCCGAGCCUCGGGAUAGCAAGAGUCAGACGCCAGGGCCGACGGGCACGAGCCAGUGGGGAAGCCGGAUCAUGCCAAGUGCUGCCAACGGCUGGGCAGGGCAGCCCCCACCUGCCUGGCAGCAAGGAUAUGGACCUCAAGGUAUGUGGGUACCAGCUGGACAAGCACUUGGUGGGUAUGGCCCCCCUCCUCCAGGUCGAGGAGCUCCACCACCACCACCGCCUUUUACCUCGUACAUCGUCUCAACCCCUCCAGGAGGAUUCGCUCCCCCACAGGGCUUCCCGCAAGGAUAUGGGACCCCUCCGCCCUUCAGUUUUGGAUACGGUGCCCCACCACCUCCACCAGACCAGUUUGCUCCUCCUGGCGUUCCUCCGCCACCUGCCACUCCUGGGGCAACACCACUCGCUUUCCCCCCUCCGCCACCGCCAUCUCAGCCAACUCAGGACAUGAGCAAGCCACCAACCGCCCAGCCAGAUUUCCCCUAUAGUCAGUUUGGAUACGGACAAGAUUUGAGUGGUUUUGGACAAGGCUUUGCCGACCCCAGCCAACAGCCCCCCUCCUAUGGAGGCCCUUCCGUACCACCCUCAAGUGGGCCACCUGCAGGGGGCAGUGGUUUUGGCCGUGGACAGAACCAUAAUGUUCAAGGUUUCCACCCUUACCGACGCUAGCACGGCCCACCUAUAAAUCAGGGAGUUCUGUCCAGAGCAGGAUAUCUGGUACCAGCUGAAACCCAGGAAUCCCAGACUUAUAUGAACUUGUGACAAUCACCUACUUUGCUGGAGGGGGGGGGGGGGAACCACAAAACGUAACAUCUUGGGAGGGGGUGUUGGGGGAGGAGGAAGCUUUUCAAAGCGAAGCUGUGGGUGGUGUUUGGACUGCAGUUUUUAAUUUUUGUUUUCCUUUCUUUAACCCAUCAGCACAAAUAAAGAGAGUGUCACUGGUUCAAACUACAGGGUUUUAAAAACGUCUUCAGCUUUAAUUAAAAAACAACAACUUCAGGUUUCUUUCUCUAUAUUUUUGUUGAAAAAUGAGUUUUUUUCCUGAGCCUUUGUUUUACCAUAUAUUGUAAACUUUAUGUUUAAAGAAGAAGAAGAAAAUAUAUAUACAUUUACAGAUUGUGAGAUUUUUAAGAGAAAUUUUCUACUAUGUAUGCUGGCUUAUUUUUUAAUUUAAAAGAGAAAAAAAAACAGGGUUUCCGUUAGCACUGCUUAGAAGUAAGUGAGGGUCAACUCCCAACCUCCUUUUUAGUGUGGUUGGUCCAGAAACUCUGGGAGUUAAAAAAAAAAAAGCGCAAGAGAAAGGAAUCUACUCUGUGUGUUGGUCAUUUUGUUAUUGGUUCCUGAGCUGAUAACAACAGUCCGGAAGAGCAGAAUUGUUGGGAAUAGCAGCGGGUCACUUCGGAAGCACAGCGUUUCAAUCUGGGCUUCAGUUCUUAAAAAAAUAAUAAUCCAUUUUGGGAUGUAGAUUUCUUUAAAGGGGGUUAAUGGAGGCCUUGCAAAGAUGUAGAUUUCCCUCAGGCGAAAAUAAAAUAAAAAUAAAUGGUGCAUUUUGCACUAACCAGUGAUCACCCCUGGUUUGAAUAAAGAGAAGUACAUUUGGAUUAGAAACACAAA